ACAUACAGCGUAAUGUUUCAGUCAACUUAUUUACAGAGGAAGCUAGAAACCAUUCAUUUCAUUUAAAUAAUAUUCAUUGUUCGUAUCACUUAUUAUAAAAAUCGUUUAGUCCUGUCUUUUUCAAACACCAAAUAUUAGUAAGGAUUACGCAGUUCUUGCCGUCGUCUCUCAACCAUUUUCAUGCGGUACCCAGUGUGCGGCUUUAUAUAAAAUAAUAGUUGUAUACUAUAUUUCGAUUGCUUUUUAUGACUUAUUAAGUGUUACCAAACUGGACGUAGUGCUAAAUUCUAGUUUCAUUACCAAGGUUGAGCCUUAUAUUUUACGGAAGGUAAUUCACUCUCAGUUCCCGGGUAUUUGAAUUUUUGUAAAUUAUUGUUGAAUUCUUUUUUUCGUUUUAUUUUACUGGGAAUAUUUAGAUUCAACGAUUUUCGCUCUAGUUUUGCUUGUUCCAAAGUAGAAGAUUUCAUUAUAUAAAAGCUAUCUGGAAGAUCGUUGCUUUUUCCCCUUUAUUUUACAUAUCGAGUAGUAUAACUAUUGAGACUAUGCCUCCUAUAACAGCAGAAGAAUCCGAAAAAGGUUCCGAAAACGUCGGGUUUGAUCCUUCUUCUACAUUAUUAGGUAGAUUCCUUAUAUUCCUAGUUGUAGCCUUAUGCUUCUCGUUCAUUAUUUUGAUGUUAUUUCGACAACGAAGAAAUGCCUUGCAAGUUUUGCAAGAGCAACAAGAACUUAUGUCGAGACAACGGAGAGGCCGCAUUGAAGCUACUGAUGCGGCCUUACAGAGACGACGAAACAAGGAGCCUUUGCCUACAUAUGAACCUCCAGAAAUACCUAGUUUUGAUGAUAUUGAAGACUAUCCUGUCUCAAAUACUCCUCCACCGCCUGCUACUUUUAAUGAACUUGGAGAAUUCGUCGAGCAAAAUGCCGGUAGCACUGCUGAUUUCUCUGAGAGACCACCUUCUUACGAAAACAUAUCCAUUGCCCAGGAUAAAACGAGUCCCAACUAAAUCCUUGGCCUUUUUCCUUUUGUUCCUGUAUUUUUGUUUUUCCUUACUUCUACAUGUCGUUUUUAUGUUACACUGCAAUAAUCAAUGCAUUAGGUUUGGCUUACGC